AUGGAAUGCUCUAAGGACUAUCCUCUAACAGAUGAGGAUAUUACACAGCUUAAAGAUAAACAAUUUCCAGAUAAAGAAGACGUCAGAUGUCUUUUUGCUUGUGCCUACAAGAAAACAGGAAUGAUGGAUGAUCAAGGCAAGUUAUCUGUUGACGGUGUGAAUAAUUUAGCAAAGAAGUAUUUUUCCGACGACCAGGAUAAGCUUCAGAAGGCACAAGAGUUUACUGAUGCCUGCGCUGGGGUAAAUGACAAGGCUGUUAGCGACGGUGAAAAGGGUUGUGAGAGAGCUGCUUUAAUAUACAAAUGUUCUAUUGAACGAGCACCUCAGGGUUUGACAGAUGAAGAAAUAAAAAAAGAGUUUAUCAAGGAAAUAAUGACGUGCACUAAAGAUAUUUCAGUUGAUAUGUUGGAUCUCAUGGAGUUGGAACAACUUAAAGUGCCAACAAAAACUAACGUGAAAUGUGUUCUCGCCUGUGCUUACAGGAGACUUGGCACGAUGAAUAAAGAAGGCAAAUACGAUAUUAAGGAAGCUUAUAAAAUUGCUGAAACUGCAAUGAAAGGAGAUGAUAAGAGAAUUGAGAACGGAAAGAAAUUGGCAGAUAUAUGCAGCAAAGUUAACGAAGCAGAUGUAAGUGACGGCACUAAGGGAUGUGAGAGGGCUGCUCUCUUGUUCAAAUGUGUUGUGGGAAAUGCACCGAAGCUUGGAUUCAAAGUCUAA